AAAGUGCCAGGAUUACAGGCCAUGCUGACCACAGUGCUGCUGAGUUGUGCCCUGCUGCUAGCAUUGCCUGAAACACAGGGGGCCCAGAUGGGCUUGACCCCCUCGGAGGGCAUCAGAAGGCCUGACCAGGUCCUGUUCCCAGAAUUCCCAGGCCUAGGUCUGCAUGCUCCACUGAAGAAGACAACUGCAGACAAAGCAGAAGAGUCUCUGCUGCAGAAGGCAGAAGCUUUGGCAGAGGUGCUAGACCCGCAGAACCGUGAGCCCCGCACCCCACGCCGCUGUGUAAGGCUGCAUGAGUCCUGCCUGGGGCAGCAAAUACCAUGCUGCGACCCGUGCGCCACAUGCUACUGCCGCUUCUUCAACGCUUUCUGCUACUGCCGCAAGCUGGGUACUGCUAUGAACCCCUGCAGCCGCACCUAACCGGCCAACAUCUGAACAGACAAGGGGAUGCGAAUAAAGGAUGGGAGCAA